UCGACAUGAAGGUGUUCUUAGUUUUGGUUCUGGCCAUCGCCUCCGCCUCUGCAGGUCUUCUGCCCCAGUUGACUCCUGUGCAUCCUCGUGACAUGACCUCUUCCCCUUCCAUCAAUGGUCGCAUCACCAACGGCAAGAACGCCGUGGCCGACCAGUUCCCCUACCAGGUGGGACUCAGCUUCCUCAGCUCGUCGGGCAGCUGGUGGUGCGGUGGAUCCAUCAUCGACAACUCCUAUGUGCUGACCGCUGCCCACUGCACCAGCGGUGCCUCUUCAGUGACCAUCUACUAUGGAGCCACCGUGCGCACCAGCCCGCAGUUCACCCAAAGAGUCACCAGCGCGAACUUCAUCCAGCAUGCCAACUAUGUAUCGCGUACUCUCAACAACGACAUCUCCCUGAUCAAGACCCCUUCCGUGAGCUUCUCCUCCUCCGUGAACAAGAUCGCCCUCCCAGCCAUCGCCAGUAGCUACUCCACCUACGCCGGACAAGUGGCCGUGGCCUCCGGAUGGGGUCUGACUUCCGACACCUCCUCCUCGGUGGCCCGCGAUCUCCAGUACGCCGAUCUCACCGUCAUCGCCAACUCCGUGUGCCAAGCAGCCUACGGCAGCCAGGUGGUUACCAGCCGGGUGAUCUGUGUGGACGGAGUCAACCGUACCUCCAUCUGCAGUGGAGACUCUGGCGGCCCCUUGGCUUUGGAUAGAACCCUGAUCGGAGUCACCUCCUUCGGAUCCAUCGACGGUUGCGAGGUGGGAGCCCCGGCCGGAUUCUCUCGCGUGACCAGCUACCUGGACUGGAUCAAGGAGAACUCCGGAGUUUCGGCUUGAGAGCCACAAACUUUUGAAACAUUUGUAACUUUCUUAUAAUAAAAGCAGAGCAUUUCAUUCAAAA